AUGUCCGAAUCACAAACAAGUUCAGCAUCACCAUCAACAACUUUAACAAUUUCAAAUAAUUUACCACCAUCACUACCACUGGAUGAUGAUGAUGUUGGUGAUAACAAUGGUGAUAAUUAUGAUAAUAAUAAUGGUAAUGAUGUUGAUGUAAUAUCAUUACCAAAAGUGGAAGCAAAAUUAUUGGAAAUUUCCAAUUCACUUCAAAAUUGCAAAUCAAUUUAUGCGAAUGAUGAUAAUGAUGUUGGUGAUAACAAUGGUGAUAAUUAUGAUAAUAAUAAUGGUAAUGAUGUUGAUGUAAUAUCAUUACCAAAAGUGGAAGCAAAAUUAUUGGAAAUUUCCAAUUCACUUCAAAAUUGCAAAUCAAUUUAUGCGAAUGAUGAAAAUUUCUGCUCAACAAAUGAUGAUAAUGAUGGAUCAGAGUGUAUUUUAAAAAAUACAAAUUCUAUGAUUGUUAAAUUUGAUGUUCAAAUGGAUGAACAAACUUUGGACAAUUGUGAUGCUGCGAAAUUAUCACAAAAUGCUACUAAUGACAAUGAAAUUAAGCAACAAACAAACAACAAAACGAAUGAUAAAAUUGAAAAUGAUGAAAAACAAAAAGGUAUGAUAAAUGAUGAAACAAUUGAAAGUGAUAUGAUAAUUGCUAAGAGUAAAGGUCAAAUUAUUGAUAAUGAAGUAGUAAAUGUAUGGAUUACUUCAACUGAUACUCAAAAUAUUGAAAUCAAUGAUGAGGAAGAAAUUGGAAAGAAUUCGAAAUUUCAUAAAAGAGAAGGAGAAAAGAAAGAAGAAGAAGAAGGAAAAGGCGAAGAAAAAGAAGAAAAGAAGAUGAUAAUGAAUUUAGCAACGAAUAUCAAUGAAUUAUCAAUUGAUAAAAGCACCUCACUAAUGAUAAAAAAUUGUGAUGAAGAUGAUGCUAGCUUAAUGAUUAAUUUAAAAUCUAAUACAAAUCGAUUUAUGUCAAAAAGUCCAGAUCAUGCAAGUGUUAGAACAGUGUCAGAAAGUCCACCCGGUGCUAAUGAUAGUUGGAAAAAUGCUACAAUUAAUAUGCAACAUUCAUUUGAUAAUGAUAAUCAAAAUGAUGGUAAACAAUCAACAUACAAUACGACAUUUCGGAAUCAUCAAACAAAAAUUACUUAUAAUAACAAAACAUUAAAUUUGGGUGAAGUAAUUCAUCAUCAUCCAUUAUUUGUGAAAAAUACAUCAAAAUAUUGGUAUAAGCCAACAAUAUCAAGGGAAGAUGCUGUAAACAUGCUCAGGGAUAAACCACCGGGUACGUUUGUUGUACGGGACAGUAACAGUUUUCCGGGUGCAUUUGGUUUAGCGCUAAAAGUUGCAACACCGCCACCUGGUGUUCAUCCUGGUGAUGGUACCGAAUUGGUACGUCAUUUUCUCAUUGAACCAUCACCAAAAGGUGUCAAAUUAAAGGGUUGUAAUAAUGAACCAGUAUUUGGUACCUUAUCCGCACUUGUAUACCAACAUUCAAUAAUACCACUUGCGCUACCAACUAAAUUAUUGCUACCGGAAUACGAUCCGGCAAAUACACCGGAACAUAUUUCUGCUGCACAACAACUUUUACAACAGGGAGCUGCUUGCAAUGUAACAUAUAUUAUUUCAUUGGAUACCGAAUCAUUAACCGGACCGGAAGCUGCUCGACGUUGUAUUGAUCAAACAUUUGAUCUUCUCAAACAAAAAAUGAUUCAACCUGUUUCAGUACAUUUUAAGGUGUCAUCUCAAGGUAUCACAAUAACGGAUAACACAAGGCGACUUUUCUUUAGGCGACAUUAUCCUGUACAAUCCGUUACAUACGCAGGUUUGGAUCCUUCUGAUCGGAGGUGGGAUAAUUCAUACCUGGAAGGUAGCGUGACAAAAUACGUCAAAAAUGCUCGAAUGUUUGCAUUUGUCGCACGUAAGAUAGGCUCCAGAACGGAUAAUACAUGCCAUAUUUUUGCGGAAUUAGAACCGGAACAACCGGCUACAGCUGUUGUAAACUUUAUCACUAAAGUUAUGAUGGGACGCAGAUAA